AUGGAGGCGGAGGGGCUGCACGCCAAGAAGAGGAAGAGAGGAGGAGCAGAUGGAGAAGCUGAUCAGUGGAGCAAUGAUGGCAGCGACUGGGCAGCUCAGGUGGCGCGCGGUCGAGUGCUGCUCAAUGCGCUGCUCGUGAUUCCGCAAGGAGAGCUGGAUGACACCCACUUCGAGAAGCUGCAGUCGCGCCUCAAUUCCUUCUGCCAGGGGCCGCCUCAGCUGUUCGAUGCCUUCCUGCAAGUCGGCGCCGUAGAGACCAUUACGAAAGGUGUGAAGGAAGAAGACUUCAGGAUCGUGUCCGUGUGCUGGCGGCUGCUGGGCAAAGUCUGCCAAAGCAGUGGCACCGGACUCGAGCGUCUGCUCUCCGCCCAUGCCCCGCUGUUCGACGAGUUGCUGGCACAGGCGCACUCGGCCCGUGAGCCUUUGGUUCGCGACUCGGCCUUGCACUGCCUGCUCGGCUUGACCCACGAUUCUGCUGGACUGCGGUGGCUGGGCGCGCACAACGAACGCAUGGUGGAGGUGUUGCUGAUGGACUACCGCAGCGAGAGCCACUUUGUCGCGGAUUCGGCCGUUGCUCUCCUCUCUGCCUUGGUGAACAGGGAAGGAGUCGACUCCUUCCGCUUCCCCGCGUCGCUCAACCUGCCCUCUCUUCUGUCCGACUUUCUCGAGAACCCGACCGAGGACUCGGACAUCAAGAAGCGGACGCUCAACUUGAUCGAUCUGCUCAUGCAGCACGACAAGGGACACCAACUGCUUCAGCUUCUGGAGGAUGUUCUCAAGAAGGAGCAGCAGGCCUUGCUCGCCGAAGAAGGAGCCACAGACCCCGACCAAGCGGCCGUGCAGGUGCUCCACGACGCCUUCUGGGCACUCUUGUCUGCUCCACAAGGCGAAGACAGCGACGAGCGACGAGUCCAACUCAGGCACCGCACCAACGUGCAAAUGGCGCUCGAGCUGGGCGCUGUGCUGGCGCUGUGGCCGUCGACGUCCGGCCGCGAGCUCGCCGCCUCGCUCUUCCGAGUCGUGGCUGCUCUCGCCAAGGGCAAGACCAACUGCCCAAUGCAACUGCAGGAAGAGCACCCGGGCCUCGCGGACUUUGUCGCAAGCUUCCACACCGUGUUCGUUCUCAAGGCGCUGCACAUGUCCUCGGCACUGGUGUCGCUCUACGCCAGCUACGCCAAUGUUCUGCUCGAAACGGAGUGGAUGACAUGGCUCCUGCACCUCUUGGAGAUGCACGGUAAGGACGAAGAGGGAUUCGCGCACGGUGAAGACCCCAGGGUCAUCAAAGCUGCGCUGGAAAUCCUUUAUCGGUUCCCGAAGGAGCAGUGGCUCGAGCGUCUCCGGCAAGCGGAGGAUGCGGCUCUCGUGUCGCCCGGCUUUCCGUCCAUUCUGUGUCUCAUACGACAGACCACCGACCGAGCCGUGCUGAUGACCGCGCUCAAGCUGCUGCAGAUGCUGCUCGCCGAUGCCACCACCCAGCACGCCCUCCUCAACAACGAGGGCUUUGGCCGCGAGUUGAACACCGCCAUACGGGCGCUCGCGGUCGAUUGGAACUGGGAGCUGCGCGAGUCGGCAACCACCUUCAUCGCCUCCUUCUUCGCCCCGUGCGCAAGCGAGUCCGAGCCGCAGGGUCAGUCGCUGUCGUACGCCCUGCGCCACGGACUCCACGGCGUGUUGCUGGAGAAGCUGGACGACGCGGAGAGCUACGUGCGGGCAGCGGCGCUGACCACCCUCUCGUCGGUGACCCACACCGAGCAGGGCUGGCAGGCCGUGGCCAGGUCUGCCCCCGCGGACUUUGUGAGUCUCGUCACCAAAGCACUGACCGACACCGAGGCCUUUGUCAAGAGGGCGGCGUUGGAGUUGCUCGGGUCUUGGCUCACCCGGCGCCACACGCUGCAAGUGCUUCGCACGGCGAUGGGUACACCCGACCAACGAGAUGCGCUCAGGAUUGCGGACGUGAUGCAGGACUUUGAUUGGGAGGUGAAACUGCGCGGCGUGCGAGUGCUGUUCGCGCUCCUGCGCCUGGCCGAAGUCGAUUCCGACGCGUCGGCCCUCGACCAGACGCAACGGAAUCAAGACCACCACCACCAGCAGCCGUCCGACUUUCAGGUCUCACGGCUGAAGAAGCGAAGGCUGGGGAGCACUGCCGAAGAAGAGAACGGCGACGGCGCCGAAGAGGAGCGCUCCUGGCAAACGACGGCGCUGGCACUGUUCCUCGGGCUGGACGGCGACCGACUACUGAUCGCCGCCCUCCAGGACUACGAGCGCCUGGUGCGCGAAGUCGACCUCGGUGCGAUUGUACGCGAGGCCGGGCCGCGACGAGACGACGAGGAGGACGACUUUCUCACGCGACACAUUAACGCACCCGCCGUCGAUCCCAACGUCGAGCAGCCCUUCCUCGACUGCCCCUUCUGA